AUGAGCAACGAAUAUCAAGACCAAAGGUCGCGGUCCAGAUCUCCAGAAUUCCGUAAACCAUCGACCCACGAUUACCGCUCUGAAGCACCUCGCCCGAGCAGAUAUAACAAUGGAAAUACCGAGCUUUACGACCAUACAGCUGGCGACUUCAAUAGAAGAGGCGGGAGACCGCGAGGAGGGCGUCGUGGGUUCAGAGGCAGCCGUGGCGGCUAUGAUGACUUUCCACCACGCAACAGAGGACGGAGAGAAGUUAGAGAGCAUGGUCCAUUGUUGUCGGAGGCUCACAUUUCAGAGCAAAGCAACAGGCUUGACAGAAACUACGAAAACAGCGUAUUUGUGGGUAACUUAACUUACGACUGUCAGGCUUCUGAUCUCACAGAAUUGUUUGGAGAAGUUGGCCGUGUUGUUCGUUCCGAUAUCAUAACUUCGCGCGGCCACCACAGAGGCAUGGGUACGGUUGAGUUCACCAAUCCAGACGAUGUGAGCGAAGCUAUCCGUAAAUUCAAUGGCUUUUCAUAUCUGGGAAGGGACAUUUUUGUAAGGGAAGAUAAUCCUCCGCCGGCAAGCAAAAGGAGUGAUGAAAGAAGAGAAGUACAGCAGUCACUUGCAGAUAGGUUUCAUCCUGGGUACGAAGUUUUCAUCGCCAACCUGCCGUUCUCCAUUUCCUGGCAGUCUUUGAAGGAUCUUUUCAAAGAGUGCGGUAAUCCUACUAGGGCAGACAUUAAACUGGACCGUAACGGCAGAUCGAGAGGCUUUGGGACCGUUAUCUACGAAACUCAAGACGAGGCACAAGCCGCUUUGGAGAGAUUUUCCGGUUAUGAGCUGGAGGGCAGAAUUUUAGAACUCAAAAAAGGUCACGGACCAUGGGACAGUGAAUCAUCCCCCGUACCACAAAUCGAGGAAGAGGACGUCACACAAUUCAGUGGCAGCGUCAACUCUGAACUGACCGAGAACGCCGUGGGCCAGGGAGAAAGAUCGAGAACAUUGUAUGUCGACAAUUUACCAUUCGCUACUGCUCAAGGUGACUUGUAUGAUCUCUUCGAAAUCAUCGGUCCCGUCGAACGAGCGGAGCUGAGGUUGGACUCUACUGGCGGACCAACCGGUGUCGCGGUGGUUGAAUACAAAGAUGCAGAACAUGCUGAUGUUUGCAUCAGCAGACUUGAUAAUUAUUCUUACGGAGGCAGAGAUCUCUCCAUUUCGUAUGUGAGCUAUCAUUAA